CAACAUUGAGAAAGUCAGUAAGAAAAGCUUUAGAAAUGUAAAUUUAAAUUUGGGGAAAUGUUUGGUUCAGUCUCAUUGACAGCAUGGUAGACAGUCCUGAAUGUUAACACAGAAAAGCUCUUUAUUGGAGGUGAGGAAGAUACCAGACGUUCAUUUAACUAAACUACCAUCAUAGUCUUCAUCACUGAAAUCUUUUCUCUUAGAAAAGUGGGAAAUACUGUUUGAAAAUAUUUCUGAUAAAACAUAAAUCUCACCUUUAUGUUGUCUGUCAAAGUUGGUUUUUGAUAGACAUAAAAGGUUGGUGUUUCCUGCUUUCUGAUUUCCAAAUGUCUCUGAGACAGUUUGAGUGAAAUCGUGACCACAGAGCAUCCUCCCUCCCUUCCUGUUUACUGAUGAAGUCAAAUGGUUUCUCUUAAACCAUGUGACUCCAGAUGGUCCUCCUCCCUCUCUACUGAUAUACUGUAUCAACUGUUCUCUUCUCUCUCUGCCUCCUCUACAUCACAGACCAACAACACUGGUAAGAGCACUUUGGAACUGGAAAUACUUUAAAAUGAUCAGAUCAGGAGGUAAUACCAGAUUGACAUAAAUAAUAACGGAACAUACUACAUUACAUUCAUAUGUUUUAUAAUUUUCUCUCUUCCAGACAGUGUCUGUAGUCACCUCGUCACUGAGCUUCAGGAACUUCAGAUCCAUUUCUCUGGACCUCUUUCUGGGUUGACCAGGACUUUAAAAACACAGAACCUUUCUGAUCACAUCAGAUCACAGUUUGAUUUAAAGUCAGCUUCUUCAUCACUCUGAAGAGGAGAUCUCAACACUUCAGGAGGACCAAGAGACCUGGAGAUGGGGGGUUCAGAGUCAAAACCAAGAAGAGACCUGAAAAAACAUGCAGCUUCAUUCAUCAAAAAGUUUGACAGCAGUGAACACAGGAUGACACAGAUUGUAGAAGAGUUUAGGGGGAUCACUGAUGAAGUCAGAGAGACGCAGCAGACAACAGAUGCAUUCAGAACAGCAGGAACUUUUACUGCAGGAGUAGGAAUAGGACUCCUGGUCCUUGCAGCUCCGCUCACUGGGGGGGCGAGUUUAGCAGCAGGAGCAGUAGGAGCAGCUGCAGCAGCAGGAGGAGGAGCUGUGGUUGCUGGUGCAAAUGAAAAAAAAACAAGGAAAGAGAUCGAACGUAAAAAGAAAGUAGAAAAGCUGGGGAAAGAGUUCAUGAAGAUUGUUGAACGGAUGAAGAACAACCUGGAAAAAAUAAAGAGGAGGUGUGAGAAGUUGGACCAAAGAUCAGCUCAACGUCAGGCUGAAAAGACUCGGGCAGACAUGGAGGAGUUUCAGAGGAUUCUGAGACGAGUUUCUGAAGAUAGACGAGAAGGACAAAUCCCCCAUUUGGCUGAUCUGUGUGACAGAGUUGUUGGUGACUGUGAAAAGAUGAAGAAAGAACUCAAACGCUUCACAGAAAAGUAAAAAAAAGUAAAAGGAAGUAACAUGCAUUAUUACCAUCAGGG